AUGGAAGCACAGGCGCAGCAACAAUUGCAUCAACAGCAACAGCAACAACAUCAACAUUUGUUGGCGAACAUUAAAACGGAAAAGAAUAGUGGUGAGCCUCAAGUGCCAACAGCAUCAACGCCAACACUCCAACAACAACAGCAAUCGGGAACACCGCCUCUUGAGGAGAAUCAGCAAACUGCACAGGAUUUACACCUUACACAAACUGCAGCGAAAACACAGCAUCAACAACAACAAUCGCAAAUUUCUAGUCAAUCAAAAUCACAUACGCCAAGUCAACAGCAAGAGUCACAACAACACCAACAACAGCAGCAGCAGCAGGUCCAACAGUCCCCCACAUCUGUUAGCACAUCAGUGGCCUCCAUCGCUGUCACAGCUCAAUCACAAUCCAGUGAAGACUAUAGCAUACCGUUGCCGCGCCACACCCAACAGCGACGAAUAUUGACCACAGCGGGGACAUUAGAGGUCAACGAUAGUCGUGAGGGUGAACAGCCCGACUCUCAGUCCGAAUAUCACCAUCAUCAGUCGCCGGCCGAUUAUGUGGUGAUGGCGCCACGCAAUGAGGAACACCCACCACCAGGCACCGCUGUCUACACGUACGCAACUACCGAAAAUGGUCAACAAAUAAUUUGCACUGAAACCGGUGCAGCUAUCAAGCUCGAGGAUAUCGAAAAGGAUCAGCAAGCCAGCGCGGAGGCACAUCAGCACCAUCAGCAACAAUUGCAGCAUCAUCAACAACUAUGUCCGCCACCUGGCAGCGGUUACGGUGAAACGAUAGUAGUGUCUGCUGCUGCCUUGCACCAGCAUCAGAACUCGCACGGUGUCAUCAAUGCGUCCACACAUGGCGGACAUCCGGGUACGGCAUUGCGCUUCGAACAUGAUGGCCGCUACAGUAGUGUGCUGCAGGAUAAUGGCAGCGGACAGACGAUCUACUACGAUGCCACAGUGGUGGAUUCGUCAGCGCAUCCCAACGAGACGAAAACCUUUACGGACCUUGGCAAUUCGGAGUACUAUGCCGGCCCGCCAUCGUACGCGUUGCCGCCGCCCAACAACUCAAUUUACAGUGUAUCAGGUCCCACCCAGCUGAUUUGCAAAUCGGAUCCAAAUUUGGGCGCCAUACGGCAACCGGGACAAUUUCAGUCCUUGCUCGAGCCAGGCAUGCAGGAGCAGUCGAUAUGGGCGCCAUCAAAUGUGGAAUUCUCGGGAUAUAAUACCUAUCAUCAUCAGGUAGUUGAUGACUACGGCACCGGCAAUAUGACAACGACGCACUGGGCGAGCGCAGCACCAAUUACCGCUUACGAGGCACCGUUGGCAUCGACCCUCUAUGAGUCGCCCAAAUGUGAGAACUGCGGCGCCCACUACAUACGCAAAGGUAACGACUUCUACUGUCCCACUGGCUGUAAUCAACUGCGACCGACGCAUAUGCGCAUACCGGUGCGUCAAGCGAAACCGAAAGCGCCCGCCAAUGCGAACAAUCGACGCACAGGCGUCACCUGCGCCAACUGCAAUACCACUACGACGACGCUAUGGCGACGCAACAACGAAGGCAAUCCCGUAUGUAACGCUUGUGGGCUCUACUUUAAGCUACACAACACCAACCGCCCGCAAUCAAUGAAGAAGGAUGGCAUACAGAAGCGCAAGCGUAAGCCAAAGAACAAUGGCGGCAUGACGACCAUGAAGCCGCUGCCAUUAAAUGAUUUUUCACACACAGCACUACCAGGCAUGCCGCAAAAUAUGGCGUUGAUGACUCCGAACGGCACAAUCUACCCCUCACAAGUGUCCGCUUUGAGUUUGCCCAUGAACGGUGGUGUAGGUGGUGCAGGUGAUGGUGGUGGUACCAGCGGUGGUGUGGUUGGAUCGCAAUCUGUAACUGGUGAGCUGCACGACAUGUCCAUGAGUGGUAGUAGCGCUGCAGGCGCAGGAGCUGGCUCAAUAUCUGUAGGCACUGUGGUGGUGGCCAGUGGCGCGGGCAGUUCGGUCACCAGCACCGGGCCACGCAGCGUACCGAUUGUACAUCAUGUGACCGGCGACAGUCACUCACCCUACAGCAAUCCACCAUCGCAAAGUCAAUCACCGCAUUUGUCCAACCCAUCGCCGCUUAGUCGACAAUCAAUUGCACAGAGUGUACAAUCGAUUGAAGCGGCCACACGACCCACGGCAAAUAGUGAAAUGCCGACUAGUGUCAUAACGCGCACUGGACUACCAGAACGUUCCUCGAAUAACUAAGAGGCCCUAUAACCCCCCUCGCCUCUUAUGCAAAAAUUUUACUCAACUUGCAAAUUGAGUCAGGCAGCUUGAUUAGACCAAAGCUUAUAGAAAUAUACUUAUGUAUUUUAUUUAUGAAUAUACAACGUAAAAUGUCAUGAAUAAUGCCGCUUUCACAGUGGCGUGUUAACUCACAUUCGGAAAUGAAGUACAAUAACUGAAAGUUUCCGGCCGAAUAUGCGUUAAUCCACCACUGUUGAAACGGUCCUUAGUAGGGUGAUCCUUAAAAUAUUAACAUCUAAAUUUUGAAUGGGGCACCAAUUUGUUUUGUAUUUUGUUCUACGGCUAAAGUAAACUUCCACAAUUAUUUCAAAAUUUUAAACGCAUUUUAGGAGUCGCUGGCAGGUUUUAAAAAAUU